AUGCUGAAUGUCAUGCUCGUCCGGCGUGCCGCUGACCGGCACGAUGGCGCAGGGCUGGAUCGCCCUUUUGUUCGGCGCCUGGCCGAUACGCAGGUGGACCUGCGCUUUGGCGUCGGUUCGGAGGCUCUGCGUGACACGGCCGCUGGCAGGUCACGGCUUACGGUGGCCGACCUUGUUCGGGACUGCAGGAUCGGGUGGGAAGUCACGGAUGCAACCAGCCGCCUGCACCGAGACAUCAUCAGGCAAAGCACAAAGAAAACACGGAGUCUGCACGCGUAUUUCUUAUCCCGGUUCUCUGGGCGGGAACUGGCUCGCAGCAUAGCGUCCGCCGGAGGGAAGCUACAAGGCCGUACCAUGGAGGAGAUAGUGACCUGGGCGUACGACCUGGUGCAGGAUCCCAGGGACCUGUUUUCUGCAGCGUUCCGUCCUCAGAGCACUUUUCGGAGCCAGGCAGCCAGGAUGCAGAGGCAGGAGUUUCUGCAGCCGCAGACGCUUCGUGACAUCUUCAAGCUGUCUCUGGACCCAAGCAAGGUCGUGGUGAAGGACACCUCUGGCCGCUUCCUCCGCAAACGUGAGGUCAUGAAGAAGCUGAAGGGCUUGAGGGGCUCAGGCCCCUUUCUAGCCAAGCACAUGUGGCGGAUAAUGCAUGGCUUUGCCUUGAACUGCGGUCCCCAUGAUGCCACGUAUGCCGAAACAGGGCCCGGAGCCCGAAAGUUUUUGAAUCUGUGGAGCGGAUUCCCUGCCCAGUUUUCCGCGACGUCUACAGCGCAGUCGGCCGCAGAUGCCUUCAACGAGAUUCUCCAUCGCGCACAGAACGACGUACGGAACGAGCUGAACCGUCGCAUCCGCGCAAGCCAGGUGGACGAGGAGAAGAACCUGCUUCGCACUUUCGCCGCCGAGGUCAGCAACGUGGAUGUCUUCCAGUUUUUCUGCUGCGAAUGCUGGCGCUUGGUGGACUACGUGUUCAGCCGCCAUCGGCGGUACUUGCGGGGUCAUCGGUUGGGGCCGGAAGAAGACGAGGUUGACUGGGACGACGAGUGA